AAUACUCAAGAUAAAAUACAUAUGGCAGGUACAUUGGAAAAAAUAUAACACAGAACGACAAUGCCAUUAAAACAAACAAAAAAUUUUGUAUAACAUGUAAAAGUACGCACACAUUUGAAACGCGUCGCCAAAAGAGCAAGAUGUUCAGGGAAUUAUUUUCAUUAUUGAAGGAAUAGUUUUUGUAAUGUUGCAAAGUGGAUCAUCAUUUCGUUAAAUUUGCAUUAUUAUUUAUUUUAUAACUUUAUAGGUACCUAUGGUUUUCACAUUUCAGCAAUAUUUUACAAGCUGCAUGUGUACUAAUCUUACUCUCAAUUAGUUUUCAAAUUUGAACCUCACCUUAAUAUUGUUUUUGCCUCUUAAACAAGCUCCAAACUUCAUUGACGGACUAUAAAUUUCUGUUUAUUUAUAUAACUUGUUUUGUCGCUAAAAUGUGAUUUACCAAAUUGUAAAUAAAUAAAGUACUACUCAAGUAGUCUUUGAAAGUAAAAUAUCCAUUUGAAAAAUGAAUCAUUACGAAUGUAGGUAUAUCUCAUCCAACAGAUCUCUUGCUGUACUAUGAGUUUGUUUCUUAGUAUUAUACCUACCCUCUCCGAUAUAUUUGCAACUUUGAGACCCUACUUUGGAUUAUACUUCCGUUAUCCAAAAUUCACAAACUUCCUGUGAACUAUCAGAGGUACCCUAUAAAACAAGUGAAGUAUAGUCCUAAUCCUCGGUAGACACAGUUUGAAUCGAAUUAUAAUACCAUUAUCUACGUAGGUACCUAAUGAAUCUAUUACAAUAAGUUACAGUCAUUUACAGUGAUACCUGAGCUCGAAAAAUUCAAUAAUAAAUCGAUAAGAGAGCAUAUCAUUUCCAUAUUUUGCCAAACGAAUUCAGAGUGCAGAGCGUACAGGUCUGGGUGUUGCUUUUCUGACAAAGAUAUGCGACAACUGCGAUUUGAAAAAUAUCGAUAUUUAUCAUGGAUCAGUUAAAAGUGUUAUUAGUGGUUUUUGCGUGUUUUCUUUGUGCUAUACCUGGGAAGGUGACAAACGAAGUUCCUCCAUCGGAACGACCUUCGGUUUGUUUUGGAUGCCCGUUUGUUUCGGAGGCCAAUCAAAACACAUGCAGAGUUCCCCGAUGCGAUAUUUGCCAAAAUGAUGAACCAAAAGGGGCUAACCAGGAAGAAACUGCACAAAUAGUACCUCUACUACCGCCUGUGGAAGUACACUGCAAAGAAGCAGAUACAAUUGCUGUGAAGUGGUUAGCAUCCAAUGACGCCUUUUACAAGAUUUCCUAUAGAGAUGUGCAGAGAAGACCAUCAUUUGUACUCGAAACUGAGCCGACAAGAUGUGGAUUUGCGAACUUCACAAAUUUAACUCCACUAACCACAUACAAAAUUGAACUGAGAAGCUUCAGGAAAACAAAAGAUGGACGGAUAAUACGUGAAAGAAGUCUCCCGGCAGAUAUAAGAACUCACAGGCCCUCCAGAAUACCCGCAGCUGUUUCGAGUUUUUAUUUGAAAGCAUUCUACUUAGUCGAAGGCACAGUAACCGCCCUUGUGGGAUGGAAUAAGGGAGAAGAUAAUGGAUGUUACUUCAACGUUGUAUCUCUUGGGAGCGAAGAUGAAGGUUACCAAGAUUUCAAUAUAGAAAAUGUAUGGAAUAAUAACGAGGUGAAUAUAACCCAACUCAAGUUUGGAAGAAACUAUUCCAUAUCUAUUUUUGGAAUCACGGAUAUAAACUCAGAUUUUCGCACUGAAGGUCCGAAAACGUGGCUCAACUUAACGAUACCAACAUGUUUUCAAGCUUACAAAUAUCACAAACAAACACCAAAAUGCGCUCCAGAUCAGCCUGGGAAUCUUACGACAAAAGAAAUUUUAGCAGAUUCGACAGAUAAAGGGGGGUCGCACUUGUAUAAUGUGAUUCUCCAUUGGAAUGAUCCUGAAUACAAACCGGAAUUUUAUUCAGUGGAAUUAAUACUGUUCAACGGCAAUUUCACAAAAUUUCUUCUGAAUGUCACAGGGGAUAGUACUACCGCUAAAUUCAAACCCCUUCAACUAUCACCUGAAUACGAAGUCCGAAUGACUGCUUUCUCUGAUUACGGUCGUAGCGCCACUGCAGUGGUUCAUGGAUUUUUCAACCAAAGUGCAGACUCCUCAAUCGAAAAGGAACCGGUAAUACCGACCGAGGUUAUUUUCAUUUCUGUAAUUCCCUUAACAAUGGUGAUUCUCUUUGCACUGUUUGCUUUGAACUACUAUUUGGGAAAGAGGGAGCAACAAAGAGAAAGAGACACAUAUUUCAAGAAAUUCAUAUUGAAUGGGGAAUUUGGAGUGGUUCGCAGAGGAUGGUACUUGACCGACAAAGGAUGUUAUACCCAAGUCGCUAUCAAAAUGUUAAAAGAUAGUCCAACACGGGAAGAACAGAAGCAGUUUCACCAAGAAAUUGAAAUUAUGAAGAGCGUCCCUCCACACCCCCAGUUGGUGUCAUUGAUUGGGUGUGUGAGCAGAGGCCAACCAAUGUUAGUAGUAGAAUAUUGUUCCAAGGGAGAUCUCCAAAGUUACUUACGAUCUGCUUAUAGGAAAGUAACAAAAGCAAUUUUGAUAAACAACAGUAUUGAAUCUUCAGGAAGUGCUAAUUAUGCUCUUAAUACAUUGUAUGAUAUGAAUAAAGAUGACUUGGAGGAUGUUCCAGAACCGAAAGAUUUGAUUUCUUUUGCCAGACAAGUUGCGAUAGGAAUGGAAUACCUCGCCUCGCUUAAAGUAAUCCACCGGGAUCUGGCAACUAGAAACAUCCUAGUAUUCGACAAUAAAACCGUAAAGAUAUCAGAUUUUGGGCUGAGCCGCGAUGUGUACUAUAACGACAUCUACUUCAAAUCAGGUGGAGGAAAACUGCCUAUUCGUUGGAUGGCUCCAGAAUCGAUGACACGCCAAAUUUACACGACGCAGAGUGAUGUUUGGUCGUUUGGAAUACUCUUAUGGGAAAUCGUCACUUUGGGAAGCACACCUUAUCCCGGUAUAGCCACUCAUGAUAUACUUGGUUUGUUGACAAGUGGUAAUCGAAUGUCAAAGCCAGAAGACUGUUCCGAAGCAUUGUAUUCCAUCAUGACGAAAUGUUGGAAAGAUGAACCAAGCGCAAGACCAUCAUUUCUGGAGAUUCGACAAUCCCUAGAUGAACUGCUUGAAACCCACUCAGAUUACUUGACUUUGAUCCAACCUCUUAGUGAUAUUACAAAUGCAAUUAACGUGUGAAUUAAAAUCCCCAGAGAAUUUUAUUUUGGCAGUUUUGACUUAACGUUUGUAGACAUAGAAGUAUAAAACUUCAACAGGGAUA